AUGUCUGAUUUGAGCCCGGAACAAGCCCGCCUCGAUCCCUACUCCAGCCUCGCAGAGAACACGAAUCUCACUGUUCAGCAGAAGAUCACCGACUUGCAUACCGUCAUCAAGAAUGCAAAGAUCGGAAUGCUCGUCACGCGUGAUGCAAACGGGAACUUGCAUUCCCGAGCAAUGACUCCUGCUACGCCAUACAGCGACUUACAGCUGAACCUCGUGUUCCUUGCGAAUAACGUGUCUCACAAGUUCGAGGAAAUCGAGAAUGAUGCGCACGUCAAUGUUAGCUUCUGUGACCCAUCCUCCACAGACUGGGCGUCCUACUCCGGUAGAGCCAGAGUGACUCAGGACAGGGAUAUGAUUAAUAAGCAUUGGUCCACGAUGAUUACCGGCUACAUCGGCAACCUGAAGGAUGGUACCCACAAAGGCGAUAAGAAUGACCCACGCAUUGCCGUGAUCGAGGUCAUUCCGGAUGAGAUCAAGUACUGGAUUACGAAGCACCCCUCUGCGGUGCGUACAGCGCAAGUCGCCUAUGGCGCUGCCACAGGCACGGCUACGGCUCCUGGAGAGUUGCGCAUCAUCAGCAAGGAAGAUGUCAGUGUUCAUGCGAAUGAAGAGUCGACCACGGUUUAA